CAGUCAGGCUGCUGACUGAUCUCCAUUUCGGAGCGGACACUCAGAGAACGGAGCUACUCUGAAAGCGAGCCGCGCCUGCUUUGGGACCUUUUGUUUCCCCGACUUUUCUUUCUUUGCCAGGGUGAAGUUGUUUAUUUCCCACUGUAAGUAUGAGUGUAGCGGUGGCGGAGGGCUGUUUUCUGUCCGCUCUGCAGCCCAACUCCUCCUGCACCGCCUAUGUGGUUCCCUCGGACGGGCCGUCUCCGGACCCGGUGGCUAAAGCCAGGAGGGUCCGGGAGCAGGUCCGGAUGCGGCUGGCUGAGAAGAAGUCUUCGUCCCUGCCCAGACUAGACGACUCGCUGGUCGGAUCAACAGAUUACAGCCUUCCUGAGGCAAAGAGCUUUACCCACACCCAUGGUUUCAGUUCCAGAUCCAUGAUACACACACCCAGCCGUGUCAUGGCUGUGCCCACAGUACCCCUUCACUCUUCCAGUUUUUCCUCUCGCUCUGCUGUGGAAACCAGUUCCAAGAAUGCCUCCUACCUGAUCACUGUGCCUCCCCCCGGCACUCUAAGGCGUAGCCUCAGUGGGACACUGGCCCAGGAAAGAGGCUACUGGCAGGAGGAGGAGCUGCCUUAUCAGUACACCUACAAAGGCCCCUCCCACCGCACCAUCAGCCGUAUUACCAACCGACAGCAGCACUUCCAGCAGCAGAGCUCUGCCUUUGGCCAGGAGGGCAGGGUGGGGAUUGGCAAGGGGGUCCCCAUGGCAGGGGACAGCUGGGGGACACAGUGGCAGCAGCAUGUGUCCAGGGCCAACCAUGUCAUGGGCACAGGGCAGUACCAAGCCCCCCUCCACCGGGCUACCUCGCUCCGCAGUGUGAGGAGUGUCGGGAAAGGAGUGGAUGUCUUGGAUGGAACAUCGAUACACAGCAACGACCCACUGGAAGAGAUGCAGGGUCUGGACAUGGUUACAGCUGUCAGAUAUCUAUCUGAGUCAGAUGCUGCCUUGCAAGUGCUGGGAGCUGCAUACAUACAACAUCAGUGUUACCUUAGCAACAAUGCCAAAAACCAGGUCCGUGCUCUGCAUGGCGUUCCAGCUCUGGUUCAGCUUUUCUCCAGUGACAACCAAGACGUGCAGCGUUAUGCCACUGGUGCCACACGGAACCUCAUCUACGAGAACGCUGACAACAAGAUGGCACUCGUAGAUGCUGGUGGAGUGAUGCAUCUCGUCACCAUCCUGAGCGAACCUGAUGAGGAGCUUCAAAAGACCAUCACAGGUGUCCUGUGGAAUCUGUCCUCCAGAGACAACCUGAAGGAGAAGCUGUCCAAAGAAGCUUUAUCAGAGCUGACAGAGAAAGUACUCAUUCCUCUGUGCAGCAGCAUCCCACUAAGCCCAUCUGAGAAAGACAUCUUCUACAACACCACCGGCUUCCUCAGGAACUUGAGCUCAGUGAAUGAGAGGACAAGACAGAAGAUGAGAGAUAUGCGAGGCCUGGUGAACUCUCUGGUGUCCUACAUUCAACAAGAGGAGAGGGCAGAUGACAAGGGUUUGGAGAAUUCAUUGUGUGUGAUGAGGAAUCUAUCCUACCAGCUGUACACAGAGCUUUCUCCCUCAGUCCGACUCUAUCUGGAGGGCCCAACGAGAGCCUCGGCCUCCAGGGAUAGUGAGGCUAUCAGCUGCUUUUCUCUGUAUGGCAAAAAAAACACAGAGCGUAACCAGAAUCUGUCCAUACUGUCUGAGGUACCCCGACAGCCUAAGGGGGCUGAGUGGCUGUGGCACCCUAAGGUGGUGGGGCUAUAUAAGCUUGUUUUGCAGAACAGCGACAGCAACUCCAGCAGCCGUGAGGCUGCCAUAGGAGCCCUGCAAAAUAUCACUGCAGGAGAGGCCAGGUGGUCAUCAGUGCUGAGUGAUGUGGUGAUGGAGCAGGAGAAGAUGCUGCCCAUCUUGCUGGAUCUGUUAGACACCAACAGUGACAUGGAGCUGAGGCCUCUGACCGGCCUGCUGAGAAAUCUGGCCAGACACUCCUCUAACAAAGACCACAUGGCUAAGAAUAUGGUGAAGGUUCUGGUGUCCAAGCUGCCCAGUGAUGGCCUUCAGAAAGCGCCACCCAGCGAGGUUGUGGUCAACAUCUGUGGAGCCCUCAAUCACCUGGUCAUCUGCAGUUCCUUGGCAGCCCGGGACAUCUUGUACGUCAACGGCCUGCCGAAACUUGUGGGCAUCAAGACAUCCCACGAUAACAGCUCUGGGAGUCUAAAAGCUGCUCGAGCAGCCUCAACUGUCCUCUGCAACAUGUUCCAGUACAACAAACUGCACAGAGACUACAAACUGAAAGGAUUUGCCAGACAAGACUUCGCAGAUGCCACCAUCUAGGCUGCAUCAUGUUACAUGAUUCAUUCUGAGCUUUUGACUUCAGGAUCAAGGUUGCUGUGAGGAAAAGAAGAGGAACAACAGCAGAUUAUCUAGCAGUGAUCGACCCACAGGAAGGGAAAAAUGGACUGGACUGGAGUUAAUGGACUGGAGGCAAUGUCCUCUGUGUAUUUAACUUGGUUUAGCUUGCAGCAGAUAGGCUGUGAAGAUGGGAACUUAAUGUUAUACACACACACAGUGGACUUCACCCCCAAAACUACCAUAUGCUCUGUGUGUUUUACAGUUUGACUGAUAUGUUGCUGAUAGCUGAUAUAUGAUACCCACAUUAGACAGAUAGAUUGGCCCACUGUUAAAAAUGCGAUGGAUAAAUCAAAGUGAAAACAACACAGAGCUGCUACAGUCACUACAGAGUUAUAGACCAUCAAAUAAAAAAUAUAAAACAUACUAGCAGUGCCACCCUCAGCAUGUCAUAAUGUCACAACUACCCUUCCCAAGUUGAUUCUGUGUUUGAAAAAACUAAUAAAUUGCAUCAACACUUAAUCAUGUAGGAAUGCAGUGUAAGCAUGGAAAUAUUGAAAAUAAAGACCUAUAUACUCUUUUCUAUCAGGUGGAAGUACCUCCAGUUAGCUACCAGAGCUUCAUGAUCAUCAACAGAAGUCCAGUCAGAGCUCUGAGGAAAUGCCAGUUACAAAACAAACACCCCAAAAAUUAUAUUUCUGAUUACUUAUGCCUGUAGCCUUAAUUUUAGAAGUACAAAUGACACACUCUUGAAACUGAAGGCACUUGUUGCUGGGUUUUUUUAUAUGUUUUUGAAGCCAUUUUUAUGUAUAGUAAUACAUCUAAAAGAUUUGUUACUUGCAUAAACAGAAAGAAUUCACUGUUA